UCAGCUGUGUCCAAUCACAGCUGAUCACUGAUCAUCAGGGCACUGAUGAUCAGUGUGCCCUGAUGAUCAAUGUAGCCCCAGCAUUGCCACCUGUCAGUGUCCAUCAGUGCCUUAUGUCAGUGCUCAUCAGUGCCUCGUGCCAGUGCCCAUCAGUGCCACAUCAGUGCCACAUAUCAGUGCCUACCAGUGCACAUCAAUGCCACAUAUCAGUGCCCAUCUGAGCUGCCUUUCAGUGUCACCCAUCAGUGCCAGUCAGUGCCACCUAUCAAUGCCAAUCAGUGCCAGUCAGUGCCACCUAUCAGUGCCAGUCAGUGCUGCCUAUCAGUGUGCAUCAGUGCCGCCUAACAGUGCCAGUCAGUGCCACCUAUUA